AUGGAGAAAAGUAGGAUGAACGUGCCCAAGGGGCCGGACACGCUGUGCUUUGACAAGGACGAGUUCAUGAAGGAAGACUUUGAUGUCGAUCACUUUGUGUCUGACUGUCAGAAGCUAGUGCAGCUGGAAGCACUUAGAGAUGACCUGGAGCUCUACUAUAAGCUGCUUCAAACAGCCAUGGUUGAGCUCAUCAACAAGGACUACGCAGACUUUGUCAACCUGUCAACAAACCUGGUUAUUCCAUCAGUUGAGAAAAUUGAAAAAAUCUUAAAUUCUCAACAUUCUAAAGAAACAUCUGCAUUAGAAGCAAGCAGAACGUGGAGCAAGCUUCGGAGGUGCUGGUCUGACAAGAUGUUCUUGCCGCUGCUGGCGCAUCGACUGUGGAGACUGACGCUGAAGAUUCUGGCGCAGUACUCCAUAUUUGUCAAGGAGAGCAAGGCCAACGGAGAGACAACAGAGUGGGAACAAAGCCAGGUCACGGUCAUGCUGGGUGAGAAAAGGUCCAAAGAGCAAGAACCCAGCUUCCCCCACCCGUGA